AAGAGGAGGCCGAAGUUCGUGUUUGGUGACCGAAACUUUCGGCGAAAGAAAUUGUCGCAGGUGUAUUAUGUAACGACAAUUUCCAUCAAAGGGAUUUCGUGGUUAAUUAACAUGUGGGACUCUUGUUAUACUCCGACGGAUGCAGUUUUCUCCCUAGAUUACGUUGGACAGGAAACGAUGUAACUGAUGCCCGUUCGAUGUUUUUAUAAGUGCAAUAUUUCGUGCUCGGACAACUCGGCAACUUGGUAUGACUAGUCUAGGACUUGUAAUACGCCAUUUUUCUCUUCGUUAAUAACCCGAUAAUUUGAGGAUUUCAUAUCAGAGGCGUGCGAAGAGAGAAAAGGAGGGUUUUGAUAAGAUUUUGUACCGAGCGGAGUUUGAAACGUCGAUGGAGGAUGAGAGCGAACAAUAGCCUCGAAGAGUCGAUCGCGGGACCGACGGCGAAAUAAACGAGCACCCCGGUGGCAGGCCCUUAUGCUCAUGAGGCGGCGAUCACGAUGGAGCCACGUGCGAUGAUGAUGUCGAACCUGUCGUGCGACGGCUGCGCGGACAGCGACCGGGACUCGGACAGUAGCAGCAUGAUCGUCGACCCGGUGAGUCUCGACAAGAACGACCUGUCGCCGCCGUCGCAGACGUCGUCGAGCCCGGUAAUACCGAGCUGCUCCGGCGGUGGCGGCGGCGGCGGCGGCGGCGGCGGCGGCGGUAGCAGCGGACGCUCUAAGAAAACGUACUCGAUGAUGUCGGCGUCGAAUCAAUCGGGGAAAUCCAGUGGUUCCAGCCAAUCGCCCUCCGGCUACGGCUCCGACAAAAUGUCGUCGUCCCUGAUAAAACCCCCGUACUCUUACAUCGCACUCAUCACCAUGGCGAUCCUGCAGUCGCCGCAGAAGAAGCUGACGUUGAGCGGCAUCUGCGAGUUCAUCAUGUCCCGCUUUCCCUACUACCACGACAAGUUUCCCGCCUGGCAGAACUCUAUCAGGCACAACCUCUCGCUCAACGAUUGUUUCAUUAAGAUUCCGCGCGAACCCGGGAACCCGGGUAAAGGCAACUACUGGACGCUGGACCCGUUGGCGGAGGACAUGUUCGACAACGGUAGCUUCCUGAGACGCAGGAAGCGGUACAAGAGGCCGCCGCCGCACUACGUGCUGCGGGACCGAGCGAUCAUGGCCACUUUCGCCAUCUGCGGCGACCGGGGACCCUGUCCGGGUGGCGGUGGCGGUCACCCGGGUGCUCUGGCCUAUCCCGGAGCCGCUUAUCUAUCACCACCGCCCGGCCUACCGUUGCUAGACUUCUCCCCGUCGACCCUGGAAGCGCUGAAGCUCGGCGGUUUCCUGGAACCGCCGCCGCCGCUCUACAAACCGGUGCCCAUUACGGCGCCGCCAAUCAGACAGAUAGACCCGACCUCCACUAGGAUCACGUCGCUGCCGACCAGCCACACGACGAGCGUCGACAAGAAGCGCAACUUCAGCAUCGACGCACUCAUCGGCAAGCAGGCAGGCAGCGAGCAGAACUGCGGCGCGUUACUAGAUCUCAGUCCGUCGGAGCACAGAGAGAUUAGGAGCCAGGCGUCCGCCUUCUCGCCGCUCGUCUAGGAGCCUGGCAACUUUCUUUCUCAAUCGCCAAAGACAGAUGGUGACUUUUCGAAAGUAUUAACUUUUUAACACCCCGUCGCGAGCUCGGCGUAGCUGAUAAUUAUUUUGGGAGGGCCAGAAGUGAUAUGACUAAGCGACAAACGUGUUCUUAUAAACAGAAUUCAUAAUUACUAUUGAACAAGAGAGUUCCGACAUUAUCAGAGUUUUGAGUCUAGAAGCUUCAGCUUCCGCCCCUCGAAAUAAAGACGUGGAAAGGAAGCCGUUCCGUAGUUUCACGAGAAGAAGAAUGAUAGGAUCGCAAAGUGAACACUAAACUCGAUCGAAUGGUGACCACAACGAGAUCGCGUUGGUGAACCGUGCUCAUCAAAGACUGAUCAGAGACUUGGCAGGUCAAGAAUGAUUCGAGAAAGUUUGAAACAAUCGCACUGCAAAGGACUACUCGUUCCAGAGGCGAUGGUAAUUGAUGUCGUUUAGCAGAUAUACUUUUCGACCAAUGCUGUCCAAAUGAAAUGAACAUUCUAAUCCCGCAAAGAAAUAUCGUUUCGCAAUUCAAAGAUCGUUUUUUUCUUUCCAUAGAUCAUCAUUUAUUUGCAGUAUGUAUCUAAGAGAGAAUAUGUUGCUAAAGCGAGGUUUUAAUUUUUCUCAAAUAGCGUUUGGUUAAAAAUUAAAAUUUGCCUCAAAAUCGACAGAGAAAUAUCGAUUUUCAUUAUUCGUCACAAAUGUUUUCUUUUUUAAUCAUUUGGACAGAAUUUAUCUGUAAUAAAACAGUUAUAUUCGAUAUGCGUUUUGUCAAGCUUCGACACGGAUUUCUGAAAGUUAGCAAGAUGCCCGCUGUGCAUGUAUUAGCCGUAUAUUUUCGCGAUAAAAAUAUUCAGCGACUGCGGGCGACACGAGGGACGUACAUCGAGAUCGAAAUUCAGGCGUUGUCUGUGUUAUAUCCUAGGUUUUAUUCGGUAAGGCGAAAUGGGGGUCAUGCUUCAUGUAAUCAAACCCGGCGAAAUUCCUGGCAUGAAAUUCCUGAUGGCCGUUUCUUACCGAGUAGAUAAGAAUCAAGAUGCGUCGCAGAAAUCAUAGAAGUACGUAUGAAUUGACUUAAUAAAGAUGUAUAUCGAGGAUAAUAUAGCGCGUCCCGUACAUAUCGGCGCAUCUCUGUAAAAAGGCGUAGUGCAAUAGAGCGUUUUUAUUUAACAAUCCGCUAAGUGCUGCUUUUUAAAACGACGGUGGAAGCGGAGACGUCUUGUAAUUAUAUUAGACGUAUUACAAUUAUAUCAAUUCACCGCUCAGAUUAUAUUUUAACCGUGAAUCUUUUUCUAGUCACGAACUUUUUACAAACUCUUUUCCGUAAAAGGAAAUUUAUUUUUUAAGAGACGGAGCUUUUUGUUAUCAUCGCCGUAUGUUCGAUUGCAAUUGGAAAUCUUUUCAGCACUGUUAACUUCCUUGACAUUUUCUUUCGUUGAUUAUCCCGAUAGCAUUAAUUGUUAUGAAUCUCGUCGGCACGCAGCGGCCGGAGGAGUGGAACAAUAAUAUAAUUCCACUUGUCGAACGAGCUUUCGCGAACAAAGUUCGUUGCGCGGAUAAGUUGCCCCGCGUUCCCCCUGAUUUCACUUUCGUUGCCCGGAUCUGUCGGUUAGGCGAACUUAGGCCGCUUCCGUAUGGUCGAUUAAUAUCGGCAUUGUAAAUACGAGUCCCGGACAAAUAUAUGCGCAGCACUCUGUUACAGCGGGGAGAAUCUUUCUUCGGUGGAUUUAAUGUAAAGCCGCCCUUCCCAUUUAGCCGUAAGCGGUCAAGAUAGACGUUUGGUGUACAUACAGCGAAUCCGUAGCGCGCGAUCCACACGUAAUUGUGAAUACAUAUAUGGCAUUUUAUGACUAGGAUACGUUUCCGUUUCGCGCGAUGAAGUAGGCCGCAGCUUUGAGGAUAAUGACGAUCCCUAAUGACGCUUUUAACGACGCGUUUCGCGUCGCAUCCGACGAAGGAGCAAUCUUUAAUACAAAUUUCUACGCGAAGCUAAACGCAAACAAACGUAAAUCACAUAUUUACAAGGUGUUGCGAUACGCGUUGCAAAAAGGGUUUAGUUUGUCAAAAGAAUACCGAUUAAAACGCGCAUUUGCUCCCGGCGCUUCGGAAGAUCCAAAUUGUAAGAUACAAUAAAAUUUUGCGGCAAAUUGUAAUAAAAAUUAUGGAGAGAAUCUUGCUGAUGAAAUCUAAAUUCAGGCCAAGUACUGCCGAAAUAUGCAUGAUCGAUUAUUAGUCUGCGUUAAUUCAAUGCUUGCAGGUGAGAAGUGACAUUGCGUGACAUUUAAUGAAAAAUACAUGACGCGCUUAAAAGCAACGCUUUUGGAAAUUCGUACUAAUAUAAUUUGUGAUUGACAGCAACAUUGGAAUCCACCGGUUCCAAAUGAUUUCAAAUGUAAAAAUACACAAGCCUGUUAUUCUUACAUUGGCCGGGUGAAAAUAAAAAAAUCUUGCGACGAGCGAAUAUUUAGCCAAUUGCAACCGUGAUAAACGAUAUAUUUUAUUAAUCUCGUAUAUUUUUCAACGAGACGCACGCCGCGGUACUCCACUUUGUUCCUCCGCUAAGAGUAAAAAGAGCAGCGAAAUCGAGAUAUAUGUUUAGUUAUAGACUACACGCAUCCUAUCGUUAAAAAGAAUCGUCAGUAGAUCUUAGUGCGUAUUGUAUGUGUCAAAAUGAUAGAUUUAUAACAAUAUGUAAUAACGAAAACAAUAAAGUAUCGUUAAGUAUAA